AUGGUCAAAGAGACUAAGCUCUACGAUACCCUUAAUAUCAAGCCUGAGGCUUCUCAGGAUGAGAUUAAGAAGGGAUACAAAAAAGCUGCUUUGAAAUGGCACCCAGACAAGAACAAGGAUAGCCCCGAUGCGGCUGAAAAGUUCAAAGAAUGCUCACAAGCAUACGAAAUCCUUUCCGAUCCCGAGAAGCGCAAGAUCUAUGAUCAAUACGGUCUCGAGUUCCUCCUCCGCGGCGGCAGCGCUCAGCCCGAAGGCGGUGCCGGUGCCGGCGCCGGUGGUAACCCCUUCGCUGCUGGAGGUAUGCCCGGUGGGUUCGGCGGAUUCGACUUCAGUGGUGGUGGUAUGCCUGGCGGAGGCACCCGAACCUUCCACUUCAACACCGGCGGUGGAGGUGCUGGCGGCUUUGGUUUCAGCAACCCAGAAGAUAUUUUCGCCGAGUUCAUGCGCAACGGAGCUGGCGGCAUGCACGGCGGUGUUGAUGACGAUGAUAUGGCAGGCAUGUUUGGCGGAUACGGCGGUGCUCGAAGCCGCGCUUCACGUGCACGAUCCGGUUUCGAGCCUCGAGCCAGAGAAACCACCCCUGAGGUCACCACUGUCGAGCGACCUCUGCCUCUGACACUUGAGGAGUUGUUUAAUGGCGUCACCAAGAAGAUGAAGAUCAAGCGCAAGACCUUUGACGACUCUACCCAGAAGCGGGUACAGACCGAUCAAAUCCUCGAAGUUCCUAUCAAGCCAGGUCUGAAGAAGGGUUCCAAGAUCAAGUUUAACGGAGUCGGCGAUCAAGUAGAGGGAGGUCGCCAGGAUCUUCACUUUAUUGUCGAAGAGAAGGAACAUCCUCUCUACAAGCGCGAGGACAACGACCUCAUCCACACUGUCACUCUUGACCUCAAGGAGGCGCUGACUGGUUGGAGGCGAACAGUGACCACGAUCGACGGUCGACAACUCAACCUGGAGAAGGGAGGUCCCACUCAGCCAAACAGUGAGGAGCGUUAUCCCGGUCUAGGUAUGCCAAUUUCAAAGAAGCCAGGCCAGCGAGGCGACUUUGUCGUCAAGUACAAGAUCAACUUCCCUUCGAGUUUGACUGCCGACCAGAAGCAGAAGUUGAAGGAGAUUCUAUAG